AUGAAGACACUUCAUCACAACGAAGGGCUGAAAAUGAAGAAACCUCGUUUACACGAAAUAACCACUAUUCCUAUAAAACAACUACAUUCUCAGUUUGACAACACCGAGAAUGCCACUACCAAAUCUACAACUGUCGAUGAGUGGCUAGAUAUAUUCCCGCAAGCAGCAAUAUUCACCGGGUUUGAUGAUAUCUUAUUUGACUAUGUGAUCACAAUUGUCUACCGCAAGCACGAAAACAUUUCAACAAAAUCAAUUACCAAAUUUGGUGUAUCCACAUACGAAAACAUGCAACUCACCCAUCGAUCAAGGUUUUGGCCCAGUUGUGAAAAUUUAGAAUUGAAAUACCAAAAGUCAAAAGUGAGACGGUCACUAGCCAUCAGCAAUUUGAAAAAUUCAAACAAAUUACUUAAUCAUGCGGGAGAUUUACCCGAACUCCCAAACUUUGAUGAAACCCAUGCGGGGACUUUUGCUAGCAACAUGAAUCUACUCUCCGGUAAAUCGCCAAUAGAGUUUGGGAAACAAUUGUUACAGUUGGGGCUUUUGCAGGAACAUAGUCUAAACUCGUACGGAAUGGACGUCGUAUACAAUAAUACAUCAUCAUCACAAGAAAUAGUAGACGAAAAUAAUAAGUUGGUAUUUUUGUUAGGGGAGCAGUUGGACCACCUAUUUGAUCCGUUGUUGGAAUACAGCCCAGAGACAAUGAACUUUAUUUAUACACCACAACAAACACAGGUCCCACAAACAAAAUUGAUCACAUCUAUUGUGAACGAAUUAGUGACUGUGCAGACCAACUUUACUUCAAAACUAGUCGAUUUAUUACAAAACUUGAUUACACCAUUGAGAGCAAACGUGUUGGAUUCUCCAGAUGGUAUAACACGAGUGAACCAGGUUUUCCCACCGACAAUAGACGAAAUAACGAGAAUCAAUUGCAUUUUAAAUGAGUCUUUACUAAAAGCAAAGUCAAUAAACUACCUAGAAGUUCUACGAGCAGUUGCAAACAUUUUGCCUUACUUUUACAAACCGUUUGUUAGACACGAAGCAAAUUUGAAAGGAUUUUAUCUGAGAUUACGCAAAUUCGCCACUAGCAGCAUACUUGCAAUCGCUAAGAAAGAAUACUCGGUUCGGGAAAUUGAUUCUAUUGUGACAGGAUCAUUAUUAGAACUACCUCGACUCAAAUUGAUCUUGAAGAGACUUUAUGAUGCAAUCGAAUCGGAAAAAUUAAAGUUGAAAAAUUUUGAAAAUUUUGACGAGGAUGAAACAAUGGUAAACAAAUAUUAUACUGCAGCAAUGGAAGUAAUAGAUGCAUUUGGUGGACAUGAUGAACAAGUUGACCUCAAGCAAAGAAUUUUUACCCCUACAGGGAAAAUUUUGACUGAACUAGCUACCAACUGGCCAGCUGAGUUGCACUAUGGGUGGCUUUCCCGAAAAGUCGUUGGCAUAUUCCAAUUGGAACGUAGUUUAGUGGUCAUCUUUAAUGAUUAUCUUUUAUUCCUAAACAUAAUCGACAACAACGGCUACAUGGAAGAACUGCACCUAAAAAAGAUUUCCGUGUCAGAUGCACUUAUGCAUUCGUUGGUGAACGAAAAACCAUUGCCCAAUUUGUCAUGUUUCCCAGCAAUGGAAGUGUCUUCCUGGUGCAAUAUUAAUGAAGUCAUAGCAACCACAUUUGUUGCCCCAACUGACGACAACCCAAAGGACGAUUUCAUUCGAUUUUUGAGUACAUCUUCAACUGGGUUUCAGUCCUUGUCAGCUAUCAAACAAUUUAGUAAAACAUAUCAUGUUGAAAAUAACAAAUCAAAAACCAUUAUUGAACUCAUCAACAAAGCUCGUCUUUUAUAUAAAUGCUCACCUUUCCAUUUGUUUAAGGCAAACGACAGACAUCUAAGCAUUUAUUACACCGCUCAUGAGGAUAAAGUAUACGAAAAUGAAAUCAGCCAGUCACCAUUUGUAUUGUUUUUAAAUAUGAAGCUUGACGUUCCUAGGUAUUUUGAAACUUGUCCAAAUUUGCAAUUGCUAUUACAGGCUUCGUUUGUUGGUGAUGAUAAAAUACAGAUUACAGGAUACAAUAAACCCAGCCAAGAACAAAUCAACGAGUUUGUUAGACCAAACGAAUUCCUGGACUUUUUGAAACAUAAAGUAUUCAAUUGCUUCAACGGUAUUUUUCUGACCUAUAAUAAAAUCACCCGUUGCUUGAUUAAAGGCAACUCAGCUCAACUUAAGUUUGUUAUUGAUGAUAACGCCACGAGUCGUAGCGAAGCAACAACGUUGGAUGAAGUAAAAUUUACACCUAAACAAACUUACAAACAUGACAAGUCUUUCUCAGAGCCAAUUACAGUUGUAAAUGUGCCUUUGGAGAAUAAAGUGGACCCACCAUUACGCAGAAGAAAGUCAAUCUGCGGUUUAUUGAAAAAACAUACAGAAGACAAUGCAGUGGUUAUUUCAGAACCGACACUUAAACGAGACAUCACAAAUACGUUUAUACCACGUGGUGACGAAAACGAAUACACAAAUACUUUGAAACCAAUCCCUACCUUACACAGAGUUGUACAAGAUACCACCAGCGAGUCCACAAUGCAUUACGAAAUUGAGUCACCAGAUGAUCGAACAACAAUAACUACCUCGGCACCUUCCGUCGACGCGCUGCCCAAUUUCCAAUUCCCAGUAGUAAAUGAUCCCGUUAUUGUUCCAAAAUCAGCAUCUACUAUCAAAAGAAUUGCAACCAUUGAUAGUAAUAGAAUCCAUCUUGAAAAAAGAUCUGGGAAAAUCAAACAUGGCACCAACUAUAAACUUUUGCCAAUUGGAGAAAAUAAAUCCGAUUCCUCUCCCAAUUGGGAGAGCAUUAGUAUUAGCAGAGAAAGUUCAAUAAGAACAAACGAACCACCUCGCAAGAAGUUGGACGAAGAAGUCGCAAAUCGUGUUGUUGAUGUUUCCAAUUUAUUCAAAACUAAAAAAAUAGAUCGCUACCCAACAAAGAGACCAGACUCUAUCCCAAAGAUUAUCAGAACAACAAAAUCAGCCAAUAGAGCUUUCUCGAAAACGAUGUUUGCACCACCGCCACCACCACGACCACUAAAACCCCAACAAAUCACACGUGACGAGUCAGCUGUUUCUAUCACGGUUUCGGAAAUGACAAAUGAAUUCAGUCAGUUUAUUGACAACGAAUUUGGAAACGAGCCCGUGCCCAAGUUGUCGAAACCUCUGUUGCCUCACAAUACCAGCGCUAUAACAUUGACGAGCAGUAGUGAGGAUGAAGAGUUUUUCUCUCCGAAUGAAGAGCCAAAUCAUAUACGAGAGCCAAGUCAAUCCGAAUCAAGCGAGGCCACCAUUACAUCUACCAGGCAAAAAAAUUUUGCAAAUAAGCAACCUUUAUUGAGUGAAGAUUCGGUAACUCAGUUGUGUGCAUAUUUAGAGAAAUCUGUAGACUUUGGAGUAUUUGAAAUUUAA